CGGGGCUCCCGGCGCGGCCGUCGCCUCCCGCUCACACACGGCCAUGGCGGAGGCCUCGGCGGGGAGGCAGAGCCCGCGGGUGGUCUCCUACCCAGCUCACAGCCUAUGCCCCGGGGAGCCCGGCCUGCAGACAGCAGCAGUUGUGUCCAUGGGCUCCGAUGACCACCGUUUCAGCCUGUCAGAGAUCUUGUCCCAAAACUACGGUAUCCAAGAAGAACAGGAAGGUGAAACACAGGACAAAGAAAAGUCACUAGAAGAACUGGAGAAAAGCUUCAACACAUCUCAGAGCAGCGACAUGCCGUUUGAAGAACUGCUUGCACUCUAUGGCUAUGAAGCAUCAGAUCCAAUUUCGGAGCAAGAGAGUGAGGGAAAUGACAUUGCCCCCAACCUCCCAGAUAUGACCCUGGAUAAGGAACAAAUAGCGAAGGAUUUGCUUUCAGGGGAAGAAGAAGAGGAGACACAGUCAUCAGCUGAUGACCUGACCCCAUCUGUCACUUCCCAUGAUGCAUCGGACCUGUUCCCCAACCAGGCCAGCUCACAUUUCCUUGCUGAUGAAGACAAAGAGCCUUGUUUUUCUUCCUCGUCUGACUCGGAAGAAGACUCUCUGCCCUCCAAUGAGUGUAAGAAAGAGAUCAUGAUUGGACCUCAGUAUCAGGCUAUUAUUCCUGCCCUCCACUCAAACAGACACAGUGAAAAAGUCUAUGAGAAAGAAGACCAGCUGCUGUGGGAUCCCAAUGUCCUUCCUGAAGGGGAAGUGGAAGAGUUUCUGUACCGGGCAGUGAACCGGCAGUGGGAUGAGAUGGCCACCUCUCAGAUUCCUGUGGGUGUGACUGUGAAAGACAAUGAGCAGGCCCUGUAUGAGCUGGUGAAAUGCAAUUUCAACAUGGAAGAGGCACUUCGGAGGCUGCGGUUCAACGUGAAAGUGAUCCGAGACGAACUUUGUGCAUGGAGUGAUGAAGAAUGUAGGAAUUUUGAGCACGGCUUCAGGGUCCAUGGGAAAAAUUUCCACCUGAUCCAGGCAAACAAGGUGCGUACACGGUCAGUGGGUGAGUGCGUGGAAUACUACUAUAUGUGGAAGAAGUCUGAUCGUUAUGAUUACUUCACCCAGCAAACCCGCUUCGGCCGGAAGAAGUACGUCCAGCCCGGAGCCACGGACUUUGCAGACAAUGACUUAGAGAGUGGGGAGGUAGAAGGCUCUGGCCGCUCUCGGAGCUCCCCACCUGUCCCCUCUGCCACUGACUGCCUGGACUCAACCUUCCCACAGGACCACUUGGCGAUGGAGAGCACAGAACCUCUCAGUGUGGAGAGUGCAGCCUGCAGCCUGGGCAGCCUGAGUGAGUCCGGCCAGUGCAGCACACCCUCAGAGGCCAACUGUUCCUUGGACCCAGCUGAGGAGUCCUCGGGCAUCCCUCUGCCCCAGCGGUCCCUUACCCCAGCUAACGUGGGCUUCUAUCCGCUGCCGGCAGUAGACAAGGCAGACCUGGACCCAGCCCCUGCUGGGCGGCUGGCAGUGGAUUUGGCUUUGCCUGCAGCACUCCCUGGGGAGGAGCUGCCCCUCAUCUCCAGCCAUGUGGAUUUGGACAGAGACCCGGAGGAAGCUGUGGCCCCUGCCCAGGUGGCUCUGUCGGUCACAGAUUUUGGACUCCUUGGCAUCGGGGAUGUAAAUCCUUUCCUGGCUGCCCACCCUGCCUGCCCAGCCCCUGUGCUGCACCCUGAGCCCUUGUCACACUGUAACGUGAUGACCUGUUGAUUUGUUAAUCUGGGGGCAGGUGUGUGCACCGAGACUCCUCUCUGUUAACGCGUCACUGUUUUCAGACUGUAGGGCUCUGGCUCACAACUUCUCUUCCCCCUUCUGCCCAUGCCAGGCCUGUCCUGCUAUUGCCUCUGUCAGAGCCCCCCCCACCCCCUUCCAUCCUGCUCCGCCCAGGCCUUGGUCAGCUCCUCCAUUUUGGAAGGUGGAACUAAGGGGAUGAGGAGCUCUGGCCUUUCUGGGCCCUCGAUGACUUACCUUCCCAGACACAGCCACAUAGAAGGGUUGGGGCAGAGAAAGUUCCCUGAAACAGUGCUUGGCAGGGUCCUGAGCCCCCCUCAGCUCAACUUGAAACCUGGUAGCAACUCCCAGGCAGAGUAGAGUGGGUGCUGGAGGGCAGCCUGUAAGGGUGGGAAGGAGGAGGACCUAGGCCUCCCAACCCCUCCCUGGACUUCCGUUGCUGGCAGCGGACAUGAUGGCCUCUUGGACCACUCUUCCACUGUAAGGAUGAGCCUUCUGGGAGGGGCCUGCUGAGACUGCCAGCCUAGCCCAGAAAAGGGACCCCCAGGACCUUCAGAAAAGGUCAAAGUCACUCCCCCAGUGGGGGCGGGGGGAAGGCAGGCUUUGGGGGUGAGUGGGACCUGGCCCAGCCCCUUCCACCAGCAAUCUCCCCCAGCCUGAUGGCAGCUCCUGACUUUGUCAGCAUCAAGGCUUGGGCAAAGGGAAAGGUAUUCCCUUCUGGAGAAGGACCUCCCUAGGGGCAUGUGGAAAGAGGACAGCAGGAUGGCCAGCUGCUGCUCAUGGUGCCAAAUAACGUGGGGGGCAAGGGUGGGGCAGGGGCCGGACUUGGAGCCAUAUACCUCUUGACUGUGUUUGGGCCCUUAGUGACUCCUGUCAGCUCCCCUCCACUUCAGGUCAAGCAGCACUUUACACUCACUCCCUGCUCCUCCCACCACCCUUGUGUCACAGUGGCCACCGGCCCUGGUCAAAUGACCUCACCUCCCAGGCCCACUACCUCCUCUACUCCAGAGGGCCCAAUAGGCCCAGAGAACCUGGUUCUCCACUCUGUGAAAUGGAGGGAGAGAGGACCCUCUUCUGGCUUGGCCCUGGCCAAGCCGCAGGGGUGGGAGCCAUGUGGGAGUGUCCAGCCUCUUAGCUUGCAUAAAGCAAGCAGCAGCCACAGCUCGAUUUCAGAAUCGCUGUGCGCUCUUGGGAAGGAGGCAACCUCCUCCCCUGGCAAUAUAGAGAGGGCACUUGUCCAUGCCCAUGUUUCCUCCAAGCCUUGAUUUUGUUUUCUGCAGAAUGGCUGGAGGGCUUUGUUCUUUUUUUUUUCUCUUCCCCUGCCCCUCCUUUCCCAUUUAUUUAUAUUUCUGUUGUUUACAAAUCAGUGGGCUCCUGAAGGUUAGGCAGGGGCCAUGGCUUCUUCUGCGCCCCACCCCCAGGUCCAUACUCAUGAAGCACAUUUGUUUUUCCCCCUGAGCUGUUCCUGAGGGCCAGCCUCAAAUGCUCCCCCAAGGACCACACUGUGAAGUGAAAACUGCCUUCGAUAGCCCUCGCCGUUAUUUAUUAAAUUUAAUUUGAAGUCAAA